AUAGUUUCUCCCCUAUAUUCGGAUUCAUUCCUUUCUCCAUUUUCACUACAGUAGUCAGUAAAUAGCAAAAGGGAUAAAAAUAAAAAAAUCGAAGGAUAGUGAUCAGAAAACAUUCUUCUCAGAUUAAACUCCAUUGAUGGCUGAAUUGAAACCGGAUACUAAUCCUUCUUCCUCAUCAGGGAAAUAUGUGAAGGCGCCUAACUUGUUCGAGAGAGUGAAGGAAGAGUUUGAGGCAGUUCUGCAUAAUGUAAAUCAAGGGCAUCACAAGGAAACUCAUGGGUUGCGUGAUGAUAUCGACGGGAAUAGCUCCAUUGAUGAGAUAAAGGCUCCGAACGUGUUGGAGAGAGCCAAGGAGGAAAUCGAGGCAAUUGUUAGCUCAAUUCAUCCCAAAAAGAAAUCGAGAGAUUUUGAUACACAGUUGUCUGGUGAAGCGAGGGAUUCUGGUACAAAGGACUCUUUGAAGCCUGAGGAGCCUGAGUUGCAUUCAGAAAAAAAUGUCAAGGCACCAAAUGUUAAUGUAAUGGCCGAGAAAGAGAGUGAGUUGCCUGGACAUAAACCACAUCAUCAUAGAGAAACUCAUGGAACGAGUGAUGAUAUUGACGAGAACACACCAAUCAGUGAAGUCAAAGGUCCAAAUGUGUUUGAAAGAGCCAAAGAAGAGAUCGAAGCCCUUAUUCAUACAAUUCACCCCAAGAAAGAUUCAGAUAUACACGUGUCCUCAGACAAAACAAAAAGUGGAUUUCCAGUAAUCAUCGGUAAAGGGUUGGAGAAAGUGUGCUCUCCUCGAGUAAGAGAGAUCUUGAAGCCUGAAAUGUGGUGUUCUCGCAAUCUGUGCUGCCAAGCCCACGAGUUGAUGGACCGGCCCAUUUAUAUUUACGCCCCAUUGCGUACACACAAACAGGAUAAAGAAAAGCCCGUAUUGCUCACACCUCAAAAUGUGCCUCCAUUUUCUCGACUUCCCUUUCCCAAACGUUUGAAAUCUGGCAUACUGAGAGUCUACUGCAUAGCACGCCAGAGCUCCCACUGGAGUUCUCAAUUCCAAAACUUCUAUACUCGGGCGGUUUUGGCCGGUGGUAUUGCCGGAGACUGUGCCCUCCGUUCUCCAGCCGUCGGUCUCGCGACGGCAGCGACUUCUCAUCUACUAGGUUGGGGAAGAAGAGAAACUUCCCAUAAUAACUGCAGAUUUACACAAGUUGUAUCUUAUUAUAGCCUGAGAAGCCCACCGUACAAGCUUGAUGCACUAGAACCAUAUAUCAGUCAGAAAACUCUUGAAGUGCAUUGGGGGGCCCACCAUCGUGGUUAUGUAGAAACUCUUAACAAACAGCUCUCAAAGAAUGACAUACUCUAUGGAUACACCAUGGAUGAGCUAAUCAGAGUGACGUAUAACAGCGGCAAUCCAUUUCCUGAAUUCAACAAUGCAGCUCAGGUAUGGAAUCAUGACUUCUUUUGGGAAUCAAUGCAACCUGGAGGCGGUAAAAUGCCAACACUGGGACUACUGCAGCAGAUAGAGAAGGAUUUUGCUUCAUUUGAUAAUUUCAAAGAGAAAUUCACUGAGACAGUCCUCACCUCAUUUGCAUCUAGCUGGGUUUGGUUGGUCUUGAAGAGGAAAGAAAAAUGCCUUGCAAUUGUCAAGACAUCCAAUGCGGUGAAUCCUCUAGUUUGGAACGACAUUCCAAUUAUCUGUUUGGAUAUGUGGGAGCAUGCAUAUUAUUUGGAUUACAAGAACGACAGGGGUAAAUAUGUCAAUGCAUUUAUGAAUCACCUCGUAUCUUGGGAUGCGGCAGCUGCACGCAUGGCUCGAGCGCAGGCUUUUGUCAAUUUAGGCGAACCCAAAAUCCCGGUGGCAUGAUGAGGCUCAUUUUCUUUGCCAGCCCAUUAAUUCUAAGUCAAUAAAAGCAUUAGUGAUAUCUUUAUCAUCAGAAAAAUGCUAUUUUCAGACUGUGCAUACUGUAACAAUGUAACAAGCCAUUGGGGUUGACUAAAUCACUUGAAAUAUUUGUGAGAUGUUAGUACAUCACUUGAAAGUUUGUAAGAGUAAUAUGAACAUAGCCAUGAUGGGAAGGAUAUUUUGGAAAAGAUUUGGAAGCCAAGAUCGUAUUAUCUAUAGCCUCACAAUAAAUAGUUAUCAAACCCGCGCACAUGCAUGUACUGCCAAAAAAAUCUAAGAACAUGUGUGGAUAUAAAAUUUUUUGGUGUAGUUGG